GCUUCAUUUGCUGGCUAUAAAAAACCUAGCCUCCUGCGCAGACGUUGGGAGGCCUCGGCCACUAACAACGUCUGCGCAGAAGGCUGUCAAAAACCCCACACCAAUCUAUCAUUCAACCAAAACCGACUGACAUGAAACACUCAUUUCUGGUGACAUUUUGUUGUCUUAAAUACUGUAGUUCUUCAAGUUGAUGCGCACGAGAAAUGGCAUUUCCGAAUAUUUUCGAGAGAGCAUGCCCCGAACUCCUCCAGCUUCAUCGUCCGUGUCGUAAUUGUGUCAGUCCAGUUCUAUGUUAUAUAUAGGUCACCGGCAUGCCCCUUGCUUGGGAUGCAAUAUAUUCGCCUAAGAUGAAGUACUGAUCAAGUCACUUUGGGAUUUGCAAGAAACGAGGAGUGUUUGAAACACAAUCAUGGUAAUAUUUCACACUAAUUUCAAUCCAUUCCAUCUAAAUGUUAUCUUUUCGACAAAUCCUUAAAAUAUCAACUUUUCUGCUAGCAUAAUAUGUGUUUUAACUGUUUAUUUUUUAGAAAAAUGCCUUCAGACAGGCGAAAAUAAUUUUUCACUAACUUUUGUUUUGAAACUUUAUUUGACAGCAACCGGGCAUAAUUUUACUCAAGGAUGGGACAGACACGUCUCAAGGGAAACCUCAGUUGAUCAGUAAUAUCAACGCGUGUCAGUAUGUGGCAGACGCAGUGCGAACUACCCUUGGACCAAGAGGAAUGGAUAAGUUAAUUGUUGACAGCGGAGGUGGGUGUUGUACCUAAGUGUGUUGUGUGUACAUCCUUGUACAUUUAUUAUUUAUACAGCUAAAUUAUCUAGAAAGAAGUAUAUUUGAGUAUUUUGAGACAGUAUCAGUCAUUAGAUCGUAAACUUACAUAUUUUACAGUUUGUUAGAGUUUUGCUAAAGUAUAUAAAUAUUAAACCUGCAUCGUGGUCCCUGGUGACACUUGACAGCAUGGUCCCAGCUAGGGGCUGUUUGUAUGGAAGCCUGUUUUGGAGACAGCCAGUUUUGCCCCAUGCAGGCCUGCCAAGGUGUGGUGCAUAAAAUGAGGGAGAUUACAAUAUUUGUGAUUUUUCUGCGUGUGAAAUCUCUUGCGGGAGUCAGCGGGACCAAGGGAUUGCCGUGAGUGCUUUGUUUACAAGAACCUUGAAACUAAAGGUGCAGUAAUACGGGCAACAAAAUUGCUGCAACUUGCAACAAAAUCUGAUUUCUACGCAUGUUAAUUGAAAUGUUUACACAUAUAUUACAAAUCAUAUUAACAUGCGUUGAAUUCAGAUUUUGUUGCAAGUUGCAGCAAUUUUGUUGCUCGUAUUACUCCAGCUUAAGACUGUAUUCAGCGCACUCUUGCUCAGCUGUGCAACAUAUAUCAAUCGACUUGUGUCUAGAUAGUUUGUUCGUUUUUUCUGGUAGCACUCCCAACACUACUGUGUUGCAGGUAAAACACAAUUAGGAAGCCAAGGAAUGUGGGAGAUUUCGUCAAACUGUUCAUGUGGGAGGGAGAUGAUUAAUGACUCCAAAAUGUAGGAGUCUCCCGCCAAAUGUGGGAGACUUGGUAGGUCUGCCGACGUAAGGUAAUCCAUGCACUCUUUGGAUUCUGUAUUCCUCUCUUUGGAUUCUGUAUUCCUCUCUUUGGAUUCUGGAUUCUGCUCCUUGGAUUCCAUAUUCCUCUCUUUGGAUUCUGUAUUCCUCUCUUUGGAUUCCGGAUUCUGAUCCUUGGAUUCUGGAUUCUGCUCCUUGGAUUCUGGAUUCUGCUCCUUGGAUUCUGGAUUCCACUGCUUGGAUUCCAGAUUCCAGAUUGGUUUUGGAUUCAGGAUUCCAGGAAAUUGGCCCAGGAUAAGGAUUGUGGAUUCCUCUGAUGUUUGGAUUCUGGAUUCCAUUGUCUGGAUUCCGGAUUGCAAAGCUAUUAAAAGUCGGAUUCUGGAUUCCUGGAUUGGCAUCUCACUAGAUUGAAUAAUACUUGAAGAGUCUUCCAUUUACAAGACCCUUCAACUAGGUAUUAUUUAAUCAAAUGAGAUGCCAACAAGAUCUUGAUAUUUACCCAUAACACCCCAGUAUAUAUUAUGGUUAGAGCUUGACAGUUGGCCGAGCUGUAGCUCAGUUGGUUAGAGCGACGCACCGGAAUCGCAGCAAUGUUCAAUUCCUGCCAGGGACCUAUAUAGUUGCAUUUUUGCAGCUGUUCCUUGUUAGGGCUAGUAAAUGUAUAAUUAUAAAUUUUCGCUCGAAAUUAUUCAAUUGGGUGAGAUGCCAAUAAAAUCUUGAGAAGUACAAUAAGUAUCUGUCAACUGCACUUUUCCAUACGUCAGCUUUCAUGGUAUAUAACAACCUUUGGAGACAUAAAUCAUCUCCCAUGUACAUUUUUGCAUGUACAUGCAAGGAAAUGUGAAGAAAUGUGAAGAAAUCUCCUGCAUUCCUUGUGCUUUACCUACAACAGAGUUCUAAGUGUUGAGAGUGCAUGUUGCUUGCUAAUCAGUGUAGAUUAUAACAAUUUUGCUUGGAUAUCUGACAAAUGUUUGACCAACUGUGCAGUUGCUUGGCAUGGUCAAAUUGGCUGACAAUGAUCGGCCAGCUUUUCAAUACAUGAACAGAUUGUGCUGAUCACUUCCCGCAUAAUCAAUCACAUUACUUAAUUUUUGGGAAGCAGCUAGUCUCCAACGGUCCAUGGAACAGAAAAGUUCUUGGUCUUACGGAUACUAUUUUCAAAUAUUCUGCGUGGCUGCAUGUGUCUUAAACCUGGUAUGUACAUAACUUUGUUGCUGAUGUCAUAGCAAAGCCAAGGAAACGUUAAAAAAUUGUGUUCCUUCUCUUGCUAUUAUGCUUUUUGAACAGUAUCAAAUCAAAUAAUAUACUUUUAUAAUUUAUUUGAUUACUCAAAUGUGCGUGCAAAAGAAAUGAAUUGGCCAUUUAGUGGUUUGAUGAAAAACAAAUUAUUUACAUGUGUCACAUUGCCAUAUCUCUUAUUGGCUAUUGUAGAUGCAUGUUUCACACCUGAGUAAGAGUGCUCUAGCUGAAUGUAUGGUAGUUUCAGCUCUAAGGUGGGCUACCCUAAAUGAAGGUCAUUCUUCAAGCUAGCUGAAGAAAGGUUCUUGCAUAUUAAAUUACAUGCAUGGCUGCAAUAGAAAAAGCUACAGUAUAUUAUGCCACAGCAAGGCUGAGAAACCUGAAAUUACAUGUGCAUGCAUUCUUUAAUUAAUUAGCUUUAGUUUGUGGAAACACCAUGUAAAUUUAUUACUGCAAAGCUUUCAAUCCGUAAGCCCGGAUCUUCAUCAGUGCUAAUAAUAUGCUAAUAAAUUUACGUGGUGUUUCCACAAACAAAAUUAUUAUAUUUUAUCGCCAUGCAAACAUACAAAGAACUUAAUUAGCUUUAUUAGCAAAUUUAUAUAUGUCAAUAUGUGCAUACUGUGCAUUGACACUUGAUCAGCCCUAGCAGAUUCCUUGCAAUGAUCCCAUGCAGGCAAAGCAAACUGGUGUUUUAACUAGUUGAUGCUGUAGGGAUGGGCCGAUUUAUCAUCUGAUCGGCCGAUUUAUCAGUGUUAGCCGAUAUUUAUUAACAAAAAUCCCAACACUUGAAAUUGGGGCAAAAUGCUAGCAAAAUGUAACAGCAGUUAACAGAGCAGUAACAGAAAUGUCAUUACGAUCGGUAGUCGAUGAUUGAAUUUACUCAACUUAGUAAUCAAUUUAUUUCGGUGAAAGCAUGGAUUGUAAACCUCUUAUUCAUGCCGAUAUAUAUCGAUGUGAUCGGCUGAUAACCGAUCUGCCUGAAAGUUGUCGAUUAUCGGCUUCUACUGAUUAAUUUCUUCAAUAAUAGUGUACCGUAUUACAAACACAUCUAGGCAAGGCAACUAUUUCAAAUGAUGGAGCAACCAUUAUCAAUCUGUUGGAUGUUGUUCACCCGGCAGCCAAGACAUUGGUGGAUAUUGCAAAAUCACAAGAUGCAGAGGUACUGUACAAGAUAUGAACUAAACUAGAAAAUACAUGCAUGCAGAAACCCUCGCAUUGCUGACAAAACCGUUGUAUUUUACGAACAUGAAGUAUCUAAAGUAGUUGUCAUGGUAACACGAUAAUUUUUUAAGAAUAUUCUUAAUACAAAUGAAAAAUCGCCUAAAAAUAUCACUUUUAAUUACAAAAUUAUCAAUUUCCCAACAUAUUUAUGUUAGGUAUGUAAUUAUACGUAAUACAAGCUUCAAUUUAAGGUAAAAUUCAACCACAAACAAUUCACAAAACGUUUUAAAGUGUUCUUUAUAAAACUAAACUGCCUUUAACUAUUAAAUGGCUUUAUCGAUAAACUUUGAGUUUGCAAUAAAAUGAUUUCAAAUUCUCGCUUGCAAAUAACUUUGCUUUAUUUUUUAUUUAAAAAAUUCAAUAUAAUAAAAAAGGGAAUCAAUAUUAAAGAUACACUGAAAUUAUAUGCUGUCUUGUUUAGUUGUUUCAUAUACGCAAAGGCCGUCGGGUUUUAAAGCCAUUAUAAAAUCAAUAUUUAAAACAAACUUACCUUUGUUAACGUCGGCUCCCUUCUUUUAGCUGAUUCUUUCGCCCUUUCUUUCUUGAAAUUUACAAAAUCUUGCAGAAAUACGAGCAAAAAUGAAGAAUAUUUGCAAGAAAUUUGUCAAUCAUCAACUCAUCAAAUCAAGAAAUGUCAAAUGUUUGCUAUUUCGCUGUCGUCAUGCAGCCGUUAUAAUGCAAACUUUAAAUUGGACCAAUCAGUGUCCGCUUUUAAUGACAGUCCGCCAUAUUUUUGAGAUCAGUGAGGAUGACCACCCAUCGUUGGUGACCGACGCCCGCGCUCAUUGAUGAACUUCAGACUUCCCUAAUGCUUUCGUUUCUCCGGGUGUAAAUAGCCGGGGGGAAUUAGUACCCUCGCACGGCGCUUCGCGCCGCCGGCUCGGGGAAAAUGUUGUAUACAGUUAUUGUUUGGGAGGGUUUGUCUCUAUCAUAAACUGGGCCAAGCUGUAGAAUUUUGCCUGCCAUGUUAAUUUUCUAGCCUAGCAGUUCAAACUAAACUAUUUUUGCCUGCCAUUUCUCAAAUAUGGAAUAUGGACUGCUUUUAACCAUUGGCAGACAAUAUAUGCUAUUUUGACCCCAAUGCGUACAAAACCUUUUAAAAUUUCUUGUUUAGGUUGGAGAUGGGACGACAAGUGUUACUUUACUGGCAAGUGAAUUUUUGAGAAUGGCAAAACCAUUUGUUGAGGAAGGUGUUCACCCCCAGGUUAUCAUAAAAAGUUACAGAAAAGCAGUGAACCUUGUAAGUAUUUGAAUAAUAAUGUACAUUAAACUGUAAUUGUACUGUUUAAAUAUGCAAAUAUUUAACAGCACAAUUAAGAUGUUAAUUUACCCAAUAAUGUAAUAUAAAUUAUCUGUAAUUUGUCAAAUUGUCAGUGAAAAAUAGAAAGUAGGGUGCAUGGGGCUAAACUGGUGCUGAUAAUAUUAUCAAAUUGAACAUACUCGUACAUACAGCUAACAAGGUAAUGCAUAGGAACUGAUGUUAAACUUUUUUAAACUAGGGAUGUGUCGGAUACCAGUAUAUCUGAUAUUGGGUAAAAUAUACAUUUAACAAUUAUUCGCCGAAGGCAAGGUGUAUUCACCGAUAAUCACCGAGCCUGAGGCGAAUAAUUGUUUUAGUAUUUUUACACAGGUCUUUUGUGUUUUUUGGGGGAAAAUUUACAUGUUAUCCCAUUGAGUGGCAGCACUCUCCACUUGAGGAGUAAAAUCGCCUGGCGUUAGACAGAGCAAAAUACCUAAAGUAGGGUGCAUCAGGGUGCAUUGCCACAAAUUUAAACAUAUAUUGGGUAUACAUGACUGUUCAUUAUGUCAUAUAUAGUCAAUUCAUAUGAAAUCUGUAUUUCAAACUUCUUUAGGCUAUCAAUAAAAUUAAAGAAAUUGCUGUACAAAUCAAGAAAGAUGAUCCUACGUAAGUUCUACAGUAACAUUCAGUAAUUUGAAGAAGCUCUAAACAGCCAGCACAGAGUCCUAAAUUUGCCCUGUUUUUUCCAUAUUAAAUAAAUCUUGUUACUUUCAUUGUACAGUAUACAGUAUAAGUAAAGUCAUGCAUGCAUUUUGUAACAAAAAAUUGAGAGGUUUAGUUUUGCUGCUCCAUAAAGUUUAUAAAAAGCCACCUGAUGAAAAUAUUUUUCAUAUAAUGAUACUACAUUUGGCAUUUUUGCUUUCAUUGCUUGUAAUAAUAUAAUUGUACAUCUCACCGAACUAUGGCAUUGAAUAAAGAAUUUUGCUACCAAUUGUUUUGCUACCAAUUUCUUACAAAUUUCCACGACCACACUUAUAUAGUUUUGCUUCUAAUUAUAAAUAUAAACAGCCAAUUUGGUUCUUAGGAACAAUUAGCUCUAAAAAAUAAUCAUUCUGGGUGCAACAGCCAAGAUUCUUAGUUGUACUUCACUGAUUGCUGAUUACUCCAAUAAUUAUUGCCACGUACAGUACAAUACAAGCUGGUAUAAACUUAAGACUGAGUCGCGAGUUUGCGAGCGUUAAGUUUGCGGCUUGUACCAGACCAUAAUAUUGGCGUACCUCUGGUACUAUGCAUGCAUAUGUACGCGUAUUGUUGUACCCUAGGAUUUUCUUAUAACAAUUGUUUGACCACUAUCCGCAAUUUGAUGGUACUUAAAGAAACCCACCAGCUGUAUAGUAGUCAGUUUUGUACACAAAAUAUAUUGUAUACUCUGAUAUUAUUUUGAAGUGAGAUGAGAGGUUUAUUGGAGAAGUGUGCAGCCACAGCAUUGAGUUCAAAAUUGAUAGCCAAUCAGAAAGACUUCUUCUCUAAAAUGGUGGUGGAUGCGGUGAUGUUGUUGGAUGAACUAUUGCCUCUCAAUAUGAUUGGAAUGAAGAAAGUUUCUGGAGGUGCACUAGAGGUACUGUACAGUGGAGAAUAUACAGUACUUUAUCUAGUAUGCUUUGAUGCACAAAUUUAAAUGCACUUUUCCAUAAUGAUUGCUUCAGGAUGAGCGACCUGUUCAAGCUGUGUGAAGAUAAUUCAUUAUUUUUAACUGUACCCAUCAAAAUAAUAGAUAUACAAUGCGUACUUUUUUUCAUGCGUGCCCUUUCAAAUCUGCCAUAUUGAAUUUGACUUGGAGUAAGAAUUACAAAGUAUAAACAGAGCAGUUCUUUUUGCAAAAUUUGCUGGAAAAACCCCAAUUUGCACUUCUCGCAACCGCGCGGAAUUUCCUGCCGCAGGAGUCUGGGGCGAGUCAAAGUGCCCUGUAAAAUCCGCCAUUUUCAAAUUUGUGGAGGCAGGAAUACACAACUAUUAAUCGUUCUGUGGCUUUACCUCGCUGGUACUCUGAUGGCUAUUGUGGCGUACUUUAUAAGCUGAUAGUACAAACCCGUAGCCUGUGUAUUAUAUACUGUAUCUGGAAUAAGAACUUGCGUCCAAAAAGUGAAGCCAAAGAUGGCUGAAACUGACGUCCAGUCCCUUGUUUUUGUCUGCGCGGUUAACAUGAGUGUGGCAAACUUUCGUGUGGGGGAGAAUGGUAUUAAAACUGUUUCGAAGUCAAUUCGACCAUCUUCGCUUCACUUUUUUUCUCAUACAGUAGGCCGAAUGACUGAUGUUCUUGCUGCAGAUAUACAGUAUGCACAACUGACUGGUACAAGCUUUAGACUCAAGGUGUACUCAGAAUUUAAGAUGAAGUACAUUCAGUAACUACGAGUUAAAAUAAGAAGGAGCACACUUGCAUAAUUAUACAACAAAUACAGUUAGCCUUUUUCACGAUGACGAAUAUCCGCCAUUUUUUAUUUUUGGGUGGCAUGCACCUAAUUCUCGUUAACCAAUGCAGACAAUUAAAACAAUGUGAAAAGCAAUUUUUCAAAAUAAAGUAACCAUUCACAAAGCAAAUUUACCAUCAUUCGUCCAAAAAAUUAUAAAAAGUCGCUGUUAUGUGGACUUAUCUCGCAGACUUCGGCAGAAAUGCCACCCAAAAAUGGCGGCGUGACUCGUGAGAAAGGCUAAUGGACUCCAAAUUCCUUAUUCCCAUCUCAUCCCAUCAGUCAAAUAAUGUUUCAUGCCAAGGUCUGGUUAUACAGUACCGGUAAUAAAAGUGCCCUUGCAGCAACAGUUCUGUGUGGCUUACGUAGUACUCGGCUGAAAAAGUACCAGACCAUAUUACUAGUGUACUUCGUGUGCGUACAAUAAGUAAGUCGCUGUGAAAACGAAAGCGGUACCGUAAUGACUGUCAUUCUGAAAACCUACAGCGUGGAUUUCAAUACGCUUGCUCGUCCUCUGCACAUUGCACAUUUGUUAAAUGUUGAAUUACAAGUGAUACAAGUAUUUUGUUUUCAUUUCUUUCUUAAGGAUACUCAACUAGUUGCAGGCGUAGCUUUCAAGAAGUCAUUUUCUUAUGCUGGAUUUGAAAUGCAACCGAAGAAGUAUAUCAAUCCUAAAAUAGCUCUCCUCAAUAUUGAGCUUGAACUCAAGUCUGAGAAAGAGAAUGCUGAAGUCAGAGUAAACACCGUUGAGGUAUGUAUGAUAUGGCAAUUUUUAUUUGACGAGUAUGUGGCCAUUUCUCAUCGUUACGAUUUAAAAAGCGUAUCAUUGAAAAGCUAAAUAACGUACUGUUCUUUCGUCCUAUGUGUAAAAAUUGAAUUGUUUAGGCACGUUUAUGAUGCACGACAGCCAGGUGAAUUUACAUUGCGUUUUUUUGAGACGCCCUGUAUGUAUAUCCCAACAAGGAAUCGAGUUAGAUUCUAUAACAUAGACUAGGACGUUUCAUACCCACACCCUGUAUUUCAAUGAACAACGGACAUAGUGACAUACUGUAUUUACUGGCAGGAUUAUCAACAAAUUGUGGAUGCUGAAUGGGAUAUCUUGUAUGAUAAACUGGAAAAGUUAGUCAAGAGUGGAGCUCAAGUUAUCUUAUCUAAACUGCCCAUUGGUGAUGUUGCUACCCAGUACUUCGCAGACAGGUAUACUAUGUUAUGUAGCUAAUUAUUCAUUCAACUGACCAAUCAUAUACGAUUUUGGCUGAAACAAUCCUAGUAUACUGACCAGUCAUAUACGAUUUUGGUAUAAAGAUGGCAAGUUACGUAUAAUUCCGACACAAACAACUGAAUCUAAUACUACCAUGGCCAUGGGCUCUUCAAAUGAGUCUGGUUUGGAGUGGGAUGAAUUAUACCCGUGGGACGACAUUCGAAACGAAAUAUUUUUUGUUCUAACUAAGCAAACUGCACUUUGUAUUAAGACUUAUAGGGUCUGUUUGGGUCAAUGGGUCUUAAUGUUUAUUUUUGUUUGUAUGUCUACUAUGUCGUUCAGUACUAUACAGGGUGUCCCGGAAAAAUGCCUGAGCAUUAUGUUGAACUUACGGAAGCGUCAAAUACAGGGUGUAUUGAAAAACGAGACCUGAAUAAAUAACUCUAUUCUUGUUAAGUACUGUACAACCUUUUCUACUCCUGGAAAUUUAAAAUAGCUUCUAAUCGUAUGAAGGAGUAUAUAUAUAACUGUAUAAAAAAAAUUAUCAAAUUACUAAUUAGUCGUAUCACUUCCUGGAUCCCGUGCACGUUUCGGAAAUCACGCUACUGUAUAUCGUUUUAUAUCAUUUUAUUAGGGAUAUGUUCUGUGCAGGUCGUGUGGCUGAAGAAGAUCUCAAGAGAACUAUGAAAGCAUGUGGUGGUUCUAUUCAAACAUCAGCCAAUAGUUUGACACCUGACGUCUUGGGAACCUGCGAGCUGUUUGAGGAAGUACAGGUUGGAGGGGAAAGGUAGGAUUCUUGUUGCUAGAAUUAUAAGAACAAACGCGUUUCAUUGCACGUCCAGCAAAAUGGUAAUUUU